AUGGAAUACGAAGAAAUUCACGAAAAUGUGGCUGGUCCGGGCUUUGAAAACGAGGAACUCGAUGUGAUUUUCGAAGGAUGUGAAUGUGAGGCAGAAUGCACAGCCGCCUCUUCGUGUAGCUGCCUAAUGUAUAAAGUAGACAAUUAUGGUCAGGAAAAGAGACUCGAGAAUACAUCAUUGCCGAUACUUGAAUGCCAUGCUAAUUGUAGUUGCAACGAGUGGAUCAAUCCUUGCCAAAAUCGGGUGAUUAGGACAACAAAUUCGCUAGAUCUACAAGUAAUUGAUUUCAAAGGCAAAGGAAAAGGAGUGCUCACAAAGCGGAUGAUUCCUAAAGCUACUUUUGUAGCAGAAUACGCCGGAGAGUUGUUGGGGAAAGAAGAAGUUGAAAGAAGAGCCGCUCAUUACAAAGGGGACAACUACACUUUGACGGUGAAAGAACAUUUCGGAGAUCGAAUUUCCACAACGUUCAUUGAUCCAAGGCUGAAAGGAAAGAUUUCACGCUUUAUCAAUCAUUCGUGCGAGCCGAAUUUGGAUAUUUUCAUCGUGAGAACCGGGUGUAUGGCUCCAAGUAUAGGACUUUUUGCAUCUAGAGAUAUCUCUCCGAACGAAGAGCUCAGCUACAAUUAUGGGGAAUCAAAGACGCCAUCUGGAAUUCUUUGCUUGUGCGGAUCAAAGGUUUGCCGAGGCCAACUACCAGCCUCCCAAAGUGCUUCGGAU